UCAUUGUGGGCCGCCAGUUCGGAUCGGUAGAAUUAGACCAAGGUCGGGCUGAUGGAAUAAUCAUCUUGGCGCAUCUUGGUGGUAUAUAAGAUUCGUUCCGGUUGCAUCCGUUCGAAUAGUUGCAUUUUGUAUUUUCCUAAGUGCAUAAAUCAAAAAGGACUAAAUCUUCCAUCAUGCUCGUCAAAUGCACUUGGCUUCUGCUCCUCGUCCUGUCCUUAGUGGCGGGAGCCUUUGCCAGCAGUGGAUGUCCUGCGGGAUAUAAUGCUGAGGACAGUCACUGCACCAUCCAACGUCCCAUUCACGGAUCCUGCCCCCCCGGAUCCUCCUAUAGCCUCAAUAACAAGUGUGUCCACUCGUAGGGAUCUCAUCGAAAUAAAUGUCUAUUUUCAAUGUUAAAAUCAAUGUGCAAUCAAAUAUAAACUAAUCGAUCUGCAGCU